AUGAAUGGCGCUAACCUGGUCAUCUUGUCCUCCUUGCCUGCAGUUGAGCAGCGGGACUAUUCAGGGGGAGUCUAUCGCCUCACGACCUCCGAGGGCAAGCUGAUGUGGUACACACCUGCGCCCGGGCCUCCAGCAAGGGGUCUCAUGGCAACCGGCGGCGGGACUGAGACAGCGGGCGAAGCGGCGGAGGCUCCUAGGCAACCCGUGGGGCUCCUAUGCGGCUGGCAAGGGACUGGCUACAACAACUGGUCCUGGAGUUGGACUCCCGGAUGGAGUGGCGACUCGUGGAGAAGCACCGCUUGGGAAGGUGAUUCGGAUGCUCAGCAGAAGCCGGGACAUCAGCAAUCAGGGUCCAGAGGUUCGACAGGGAACUCUGGAGGCGGUGGCGAAGAUGAGGCAUCCGGUGAUGCAGCACGACGACAAUCAGCCUCCACCAUGGAGGAUGAUACUUGGGGAGGCGGCGAGGGAACAGGUUCCCUUGACGAAGAUGCCGUUUCUUCCAGCAAGACAGCGGCUCCGAAGGCCAGCGGAAAAGAUUUCAUCCCCGAAUACGACGGCAGUGGUCCCAUGCGGGAAUACCAGCGAAGAGUGAAGCUGUUUGAGAUGAGCACGGGGAUAGAUCCAAGUUACCGGGCCCAGAAGCUGAUGGAAAAGCUUACAGGGAACGCGUGGUUGGCCACGGAAUCCAUUCCACUGGAGUCCUUGAAACAUCCUGAAGGCGUUUCGCGUCUGUUGGAUCACUUGUGGAAGGAGUUGGAGCCAAAAGGGCAAGAGUUCGUGGCAUACGACAUGGAGUUUCGCAGACAUGGUCAAAGGCUAGAAGAGAUCGGGGCGGGUCUCUCCGGGGUGACCCGGGCCUAUUGGUUUCUGGAGAAGGCGGGACUGUCGCCAGAGCUGAGAAAGCAGCUGGUGGCUGCAGCUGGAGGCCAAUAUGACUAUGCGAAACUGAGAAGUGCUGUGAUGGCCAUCGUUCCUCAGGUGAAUAAAGAGGACGAGCAGCAUGGUAGCGGCCAGUAUCAACAACACGGAGGAAACCGUCAGUGGCGCAAAGCCGCAAAAGUCCACGCCACCACUCAGGAGGAGGACGCCGAGGAGGUUGACAACGACAAUGGGAUAGCCUCCGAUGACGGCCAGGUGCCCCCGGAGCUGUUGGAGGAAGAGCUGCAGGUUCUGCUUACGCAAGCUGCUCGUAAGCGGGCGCAAGUGGAAAAGGCCCGCCGAGGCUUCAGCUCCGGGAACUCGAGUGGAAAAGGCGGUGGAAAGGGGGAGUCCGUUGAGGCCAGGGCUAAAAGGAUUGCUGAGCUCAAGCAGAAGAUGCCGUGUUCGGCUUGCAAGGCGAACGGCAAGACGGUGUAUGGCCACUGGCAUGGAGACUCUGAAUGCCCUUUCAACAAGCGAGCAGCGAAGGGAUCUGGAAGUAAUGUCAUGGCUGUGGUGGAAGAUGAGCUCUCAGACUCGGAUGAGGACUAUAUGCCAGCCUCAGUGAACGUGUUUCUUGCCGCCAGCGUGGAGACUAGAGAUGCGCGAACUGAGAACUGGUGUGCGAGUGCUGUUUCGAGCCAUGGGCACGACCAUGACUUCCUGCUGGCGCUAUCUGACACUUGCUGUGCAAGAUCUGUGGCUGGCGAGAAAUGGGCUAAAGCACACAUGACUCAUCUGCGUCAGGCCGGAGUAGAUGUGUAUGUUGUGGAUGAGGCCCGGCCAUUCCGUUUUGGAGCUGGCCCUCGGAUUGCGUCCCUAUACAGCAUAGUCUUUCCAGUUCAUGUGGGAGGUGGAUGUGUAGUUCCUUGGUUGAGGGUCAGUGUGGUGGAUCAGGAUGUUCCAUUGCUGUUGAGCAAGGGAGCUUUGAAAGCCCUGGGAGCCAGACUUGACCUGGGCCGCGCCACCCUCGAGUUUGCAGAACUGGAAACUGAGGUGACCUUGAUUGAGACUCAGUCGGGGUUGUGUGGUUUCGAAAUCAACAAGCUUGAAAGCGUGUAUACUGGAAGUUUGGAGUUCCCUCCGGCAGGAAUGCUAGCUGGGGAGAUGGAAGUUUCUUUGGGCGGCUUCUUGGAGGAUCAGGAAGUCCACGACAGUGAAGUCCAUGUGUGUCCAGAAGUAGCCCCACCUAAACCCUCCUCCAAACUGCAGUGUGAGCAUUUGUCUGAGAAGUUUCUGGAGCAGAGGAAUUUCUCUUACGAGGCACUUCAAGAAGUAGUUGAGCACCUCCCAGACUUUGAUCAGGCCCGGCAAAGGGGUAUCAACGGAGGAAGUCGCAAGGGGCGGCGUGGCAUGAUGGCUGGACUCUGGGCGCAUGGUGGGUUCUUUGGAGUUGCUAAGACCUCGCAGAAGUUUCCCCUGACCAUUCAGUACAUCAACAGGUUCAUGCGAGACAAGGUUGAUCACUCUUGGACUUCGUUUGUUGUCCUGAAGAACGUCAUGACCAACAUCCAUACAGAUGCCCAUAAUGCUACUGACUCCUUCACUGCAACGGUGACUUUUGGACAGUUCGACGGAGGGCAGUUGUGGGUGACAGGGUCGAGUGAUGUUAACCAAGGACCUCCUGCUAGGAAGUACGCUAAUGGCCGAAAGCUUCCAGGUGUGAACGUGGAUACUCGAGAGAAACCCUACUUCCUAGAUCCAAAGCAGAAGCGCGCCACCCAGCCUUGGACGGGGACGAGAUGGUGUUUGUCUUGCUACACUGCGAGAUCGGAGCCGCAGAUGGACGACACCAUGAAGAAGACCCUUCUAAGCCUGGGUUUCCCGCUGAGCAAAGUCCCGAACACCAGGAUGGAGUGGAGAGCCCAUGCUCGAAUACUCCGCAUGAUGUUCAUGGCAGACUUGUGGCUCAGCCUGAAAGUGCUAGUUUGCAUCCUCACGAGUCUCAGGGAAGAGGUGAAAGCCGUGGUGAUGGCCAGCAAGUUCACCACACCGAAGCGCAAGGACGAGUAUGUGCACGCGAUCCACAUCCGGACCAACCUGGCGAUGGAAGAGAUUCGCAAACACGACGUCGAGCGCCUCAAGCUGAUCUGGAGCAUGGUCAAGCCCAAGAAGCCCCAAUCUCCUCUUCCUGUCGGACGGAAGAAGAUGGAUGUGGCAGCCCUGAAGGAGAUCUACGAGAAAGAGGUGUGUCCCGGUCUGGGAAGGGCAAACGACAAGCGUUGGGCGCGAUGGAAUCGUCCCCAGCUUGUCACGGAGAUCGAGAUGUGGGUGACCGAAGUGAUGGGAGAUCAGCCACCGGAGGAUGUGUACUCGGAGACUCCUCUGUGUCCGAAAUGCCAAAUACCUCUCUUGGUGAGAACAAAUCGUCUCACCAAGGAGGACUUUUUCGGAUGCGUCCGCUAUCCACUCUGCGCUCAGACACUUCCCCUGACAUACGGGGGGCGACCUACAAAGGAAGUGCAAGAUCAAAUGAAUGCCCAGAAGGAGAGCAACGAGAAGACUGCCAAGAAGGAGGGCAAGGGCGAGAACCGCAAGGGAGGACCCAAGCGGACGUUGGUCGGCUCACGGCUACCGCCAGAGAGCUCAGACGAGCAUCGGGCAAGUUCGUCAGAUGGGUCGUGGGCGCGGACAGGUCGAGUUCCUAUCGAGGAGACCACCGAUGGGGAGAAGGAGGCACAUCUCUUCAACACCAACCUCACGCCCGAGGAGAUGAGGAUCAUUCACAACAUGAGGAAAGCCAAGAUGAGCGAGGAGAAGUUCACUGAGGAGAUUUUCGAGAAGCAAAUCCGCCGAGGAGACGAUGCCCUUGCCGAAAGGUCUGUGGGGAACCACUCCUUCAAAGAGACGGUCUGUGAGGAGAUUGCUCUAAGGUGCUCUGCUUCUGGUCAAGGGCCAGAGAGAGGCUCCAGCAAAGUGGCGGACUCUGAUGGCGACGAAGAGUUGAUCGAAGACUCUAAAGAUCCUGAGUCGGGACAUCCGCUCCGAAGCUCCCUGGCUCAUGACGGCAUAAGGUUUGAAGUUCCUAGGGGACGUAAGUUAAGUGCUGAAAUUAGGGAAGGGUUGAAGAAAGCCCAUUGUAACUUAGGUCACCCUAGUAAGAAAGAUUUGCAACGUUUUCUUCGGUUGGGGGGGGCUAAGCAAGAAGUUAUUGAAGCGGUUGAUUGGAUGCGUUGUCUGUCAUGUGCUCACUCUACUAGGCCCAAAACUCAUAGGGCUACGAGUAUACCCCCUUGCUCAGUGACUUUUGGAGACGAGGUCCAUUUGGAUUGCAUCUGUGUGCAUGAUUCCGGAGGUGAGAGCCACUGGUUUCUGUCCAUUGUUGACCGAGCUACUAGCUAUCACAUUGUUGAGCUUCUGCGUGAUCAUAGUCCCAUUGAACUCAACAAAGCCUUUGAUCGAGCUUGGUCUAAGUGGGCCGGUCCUCCUCUUCAAGUCAGUGUAGAUUUUGAAGGAGGCUUUCGGGGUAAGGAGUGUUGGACACGCGUGUCUGAAGCAGGAUCAGCACUGGUCUCGAUAGCUGGCACGGCGCACUGGCAAGCGGGCAAGAUUGAAAGACACAAUCAAACCAUUAAGGACAUGCUUAGGACUGUGGUUCGACAGACUAGUCCUAAAGGGAGAGAGCAGAUGCGACUUGUAGGCAGGGAAGUGGCUUGGUCAAAGAACACUCUCGCGCGUGAGCAUGGCUGGGCACCUGUGGCUCUGGUUUUUGGCAAGGAGCCAAGGGUGUUUGGCGAGUUGCACCGUGAAGGAGCCAAGUGCUUUACAUCCCAGAGUGGGCGAUCCCGGUAG